AAUCCGACCCCUGACUCCCCAUCUCUUUCGUUGUCACGGAGAAUCAUUCCCUACAUCGGUAGCCCGCCCUAACUCCCUCCGAAAGCAGUCAGAGAGAGACGUGCGAGACCAUGGAUUCGAGUGCUGCUCCUCGCAGAAGCGGAGGCCUUCUCGAAGGCCUCUACAGGGUUAUCAUGCGCCGGAACUCCGUCUACGUCACCUUCGUCAUCGCUGGUGCUUUCGUCGGAGAACGCGUGGUUGAUUACGGAGUUCAUAAGCUUUGGGAAUACAAUAACGUUGGGAAGCGAUAUGAGGAUAUUGCAGUAUUGGGAACAAGGCAGUCUGAAGAAUGAAUUCCUUUCUGCACUGGUGGUAUAUCGUUUUAUCAGCCGAUCUGAUAGUUUUGGGAACAUCCUGUGUUUUAUCGUUGAAUAAGUGCUUUCGAUGGCAAUAACGGUGUCGUUUUGGUGCCAGCUCUCGAUUAUUCUUUCGUAGUUGGAAUGACUUUUUUCUCAUGGGUUUUGAUGUUGAAAACACAAAUAUCAUGUCUCUCACUUUCUCGCCUAAACGUUGAUUAAGAACUGAUAUUUCAUCAUGAA